AUGUCCUGCCCCUAUUAUCAAUGCUACAUUCCGGGUUUUCAAGUUUCUCUCGCAGCCGACAUUUCAUUGCAAACUGAUGCCGUACUUCUUAAUACAGUAAGCUAUUCAAGAACCCGCAGUAGUCAAUGGACAACGUGUAAACCACGAAAUAGUCAACAACAGGAGGACCGCUGCUCCAGCGGCAGCAAAGCAGUGGCGUCGGCCGGAGGGUUGCAGCGGGCGGAAAUUUCAAUUAACUUUAUGGAGGCCGCGAUGGGUGACAGCUGCGUCGGUGGUGGUAUCAGAGUCGACGGUGGUGGUGGUGAUAGUGGUGGUGGUAGUGGCGGCGGUAGCGGUGGCAGUAGCGGUGGUAGUAUUCGAGUUCAGGGGUGGUUAGAGGUGUAG